CAACACUACUAUAUAACAAAUAAUUUGAGCAUGGCAUGAGCAAGUUCGAGGAGGGAGAAAGGGUCCUCUGUUUCCAUGGCCCCCUUCUUUAUGAAGCCAGAUGCCACAAAGUAAACACUGAAGGAGAGGUGGAUCUAUAUCUGAUACAUUACAACGGUUGGAGUCAGAAGUGGGACGAAUGGAUCCCAGAAACUCGUAUCCUUAAAUUCAACGACAUAAACCUUAAGAAACAGACUGAACUGAUAAAACACCACAAGAAAACACAGAAUAGAGGAAAGAACAAGAAGAUGAAAUUCAUAGAAAAUGUCGAGUCAGAGGACGCUUUUGCCUCUAAGGUUUGCAUUCAUAUAGAACUUCCCAGUCAGCUAAAACUAGCCGUGCUGGACGACUGGGAUUUAAUUACGCAACAGAAACAUCUACUGAAACUCCCCGCUGCCUCUCCUGUUUCAGUUGUUCUGGAUGAGUUCAGGGUAUACUCGCUGUCAGUGAACAAGACAAGUGAUAUAAACAGGGACCACGUGCUUGAGGGACUGUUAGGGUAUUUCUCUAGAUUACUGGGUAUGCAGCUCCUGUACAAGUUUGAGAGACCGCAGUAUGCUGAUACCAUGGAGGAACACAAAGGCAUGUCAGUGUGCGAUAUCUACGGAACUGAACAUCUACUCAGACUUUUCACCAGGAUCGGGGAACUCCUGGCUUUUACCGAGCUGGAUAACAACGCUAUUACAGUCCUACAGAAGUACAUUCACCAGCUCCUCAACUUUAUAGAAAUACACCGAGGGAAAUACCUGAGCGCAGAAAACUAUUUCGUCGCUACUCCCGACUACUUGAGACGUGCAGCAUUAUAACCACACGUGUUAAACUUAAAACUACCCAACUAAAGUCAGAAUAUUUAUGUUUACUCACGUGCAGAUUCGCACCUCUGAUUUGCUAACCGUUUGAUAAUUUUAAUAUAAUAUGAUGCUUGCCCUACUAAACACUUGGUCUGAAGAUAGUCAUUGUCCAAUGUAUAUAGCUCUAGGCUUAAGGAAUCGCUCAAUUGAGAGCUAUAAUGUGAUGUAAAGCAUGUGUUUUACAAGAUAACUCUACAAUACAAGGCAGCAAGGUAAUCGUUAUUAUUAAUUUGGGCAUGAUCGCUUUGUAUUGUUAUUUUUACAAUUUAACCACGUUUGUGAUCACAUAUUCUUUAAGCUAAGUUGUUAUAGAUAUCAAAUAAUAUUGCAAUGAUCAUCGUAGUAACAUAAUAUGUACUGCUGAUUUAUUAAAUCGAGCAAUAUUUAGAUGUUUAAGCUCGAUAUAAAGAUAUGGUUGUCACUGUA